AAUGCCCUCAAUCCAACUUCAUUACUCAUUCAUUUCUUUCUUCUGCACCUUCAAAUUUUCACUUUCAUUUUGAAUUCAAUCCACAUUUACUCACUUACCUUCCUUCUUAAAUUCAAUCAAACAAAAACAAACCCAAAAAAACCAAAAAAAUGAUGAAGAAAAAAACACUGAACCUCUCUUCUCUUCUCAAAAACACAGACCUCAAAUAUUCAUCUUCAUGGCCAUGGCCUUAUUGUCACCAACCAAAAACACUUUCUUUCAGAGCUGAAAAUAGUAACCAAGAUGACAUUAACACCACAUUCAAAAUCAUCAACUCAGCUUACUUGGAGCCUUCUGAAUCUCUCUCUCCAAAAGCUUCUUCUCUUGAUGAAUCCUCAGGAAAAACCGAUUCGACAGAACCCGUUAUUCGCGGGUUACCGUCUGAUCGGUUUUUCUUCGAGCCGGAUGAGACUAACUCCAUUUUAGAAGCUAAUAAUAAAGCUGCUGUGCAUAGUGAAAGUGAAGCUACUCAAAGUUUACCAUUCAAAGAUAGUGUUGUGUUGUCCAUGGAAUCUCAAGAUCCUUAUGUGGAUUUUCGAAAGUCUAUGGAGGAAAUGGUGGAAGCUCAUGAUGUUAAGGAUUGGGAGUGUCUUCAAGGGCUAUUGUGUUGGUACUUGGAGGUCAAUGAGAAGAACAAUCAUGGCUAUAUUGUUGGUGCUUUUGUUGAUUUAUUGGUUGGUCUUGCAUUUGCUUCGACUUCAUCGUCGUUUUCUUCUUCGUCGUCUUCGUCUUCUCGUUCUCCUUUUUCUCCUUUAUCCUUUUAUAGUUCUUCUUUGUCUUCCUCUUAUUGCACUCGGUGUGCUUCGUGUUCCGCGGCUCGCGAAGAAGAGAUAGAUACUCCUAGUUCUUCUUUGUUGUUAGAACAAGUUAGAGAGGAGACAGAUGACGAAGAUGAAGUAGAAGCUUCAGUAACUGAAGCUUCAAUUUCAUCGCCGUCAUCAUCAAGUAGUCAUUGAUUUAAGGUGAAGCAAACGAUUUUAAUUAUGUAUAACUCGUAGUGCUAAUAGUGUAUUAUAAAGUAAAAUUUUUUGUUUUAUGAUUUUUCAUAUUUUAUUUGAUUUUCUUUUUAUUAUGGGAUUCUCUUACGAUUCAAGAUUCAUCGCAUUUAUUUAGUCAAACAUGUUAUAUUUCAAAAUCAAAAAAAAAUAUGGAUUUUUAAAUUGUCUAAUCUUGAUUGAAUAAUCACCGAAUAAUGUAAUGAAUGUGUGAAUGUGAACCGUAAACAAUCCAAUUUUUUUUUUUGCACUAAGUGUGUUUGAGUUUGUGUUAAUGAAGGUCACACGUGUGGUAAAAAUGCAAGCGUGUGAGGAAAUAUGUGAGCUAGGUACUUGAGAUGGUCACUUUCUAUUUGCUUUCAGUACUGAAUGUGAAGAAAAAGAUGUGGAAAUUUCUAUUUUUGUCAUAAUUAAUUAUGUCAUGUCUACAUUUAUGUAUAGUCAUAAUCUUAUGUAAAAAUCUGUAUAGUUAUUUUUUUUUUGGUAGCUAAAUGACAGCAAAUCCUCAAUUGCUUUCAUUGAGACAGACAGUGUAUCCUCUUUCUCAUUUUGAACAUUGUUUUUCAU